AUGAUUGAAAUAAAAUUUUAUGUAGAAAUGAAUGAUAUGAAAAAAUAAUAGUAUCUACUUUAUUUAAGAUUGGAAUCAUAUGAAUAUAUUAAGAAAAUUUUUAUAAAAUAAUGGAAAAAUGUUUGA